UUUACGGGACAGUCACCGGCGGACUUGCCUUCAUUGCGGCUGCCGAGCAAACGUCAAAGCAGCUAGUCAGGCGGCGCGGCCACUGUGAGUGCAAGUCAUCCUGACUAGUCUAUUUCUUAAUAGCUUCGGGCGGCCGUCCUGCUGUUUGCUAUUAGUCAGCAGUUACAAUAGCAGUCAGUGAAAGAGCGAGAGCACCUGCUUCACAUUUCAUCGGAUCAAACACUGUUUAGCAACUUCUGAGCUAGCUACCCAAAACCACAUGGAUCCUCCAAACACCGACAUGAACACUGAGGCGAAGAUGUUGAACCACGCCAAGACUCUUAGGCUCCACACCGGGAAUUUAGUCAACCGGAGUCGCCUAAAAAAGAAAUGUCCAGGCUCUCCCAGCGAAGAGCUGCAAGACUGCAUUCAAGCCACACUGAGCGACUGGUUUUCCAUGACAAAGCCGCAAUCCAAGGACUUUCCCGACACACUGGACUGCUCCAUUCCCCAGGAAACAGAUGCUAUCACACCUGAAGAGAGAGAGGAGGUGAAGGUUUCAGUCAAGCUGUUCCUCUGUGAGUCGGGUCAGUCCUCUAUAAGAGAUGCAGUGGAGAUGGCCUGCCAGACACUGGCAGUGUCCCAGCUUGACUCUGUUAUCAUAGCGCCACCUGGGCUCCAGGAGGGUGACAGCCAAACUUUGGCUCACCUUCAGCCAGCGUGGGAGGAGCUGGAGACCCUGGUCAGGAGCCAGCGGAUUGCUGCCAUUGGCACCUCUGACCUGGACAAAGAUCUGCUGGAACAGCUCUACAACUGGGCUCAGGUGAAACCCAGCAGUAACCAGGUCAACCUGGCCUCCUGCUGUGUGAUGCCUCCUGACCUGACAGCCUUUGCUAAGGAGUUUGACAUCCAGCUGCUCACACACAAUGAUCCCAAAGAGCUGAUGUCAGCAGCCACCUUCCAGGAGGCGGUGCAGGAGGGAACACAGGACCUGAACAUCGCUGACUGGAGGCUGGAGUGGGUCCUGCGCUACUCCAUUAUUGUCAAGAGCAGGGGCAUCAUCAAGUCUAAGGGCUACCUUGUCAGUGCGAGGAAGGCGAACCCCUAGCACACCCCACCAGAGAAGAAGACAAAGGGAUGAAGCCAUUUUCCUCCUUCUUCAUUCACAUACACACACACUCUCAGCUUUGAAUACUGGAAGCUGCAAACCAAAAUGAGUCGUGAAGUCAUGUUUUAUCUUACAGAUAAACAUGUUCUUCAUCUGUGAUCUGUUCAGUUUAAUAGAUGCAUGUAUUCAUUACCAUAGUCUCAGUGAGAUCAAAAGUAGGACAUGAACAUGCAAGAUCAACCCCAGUGUCUGUUUUGAGAGAGAAGACUGUGAAAUUGCCUUUCACUGAUGGUGGCUCUCACAAUGACCAGUACACUGAUAGAUCGGCCAUUUACCAACACAGUAGAGGCUGCUUAAAUGAGGGAAAAUGUUGGUUGCUAAACUUUGAUCCAAGGUGAAGGUUUCCUAACCUUGUUCUGAUGUGAAGUGCCUCUCAACUUUUCCUCCUUUUUAUCUUAAUACCUGCUUUGUCUCCACUGUGUGAAUUGUGUGAAUCAAACUUUAGACAUGUAAGUCUGUAUUAAAAUAUUGAUAGGUAAAGCAAAAGAAAACGGUACGAAUCUAUUGUUUUUAGUACAGAAUUAUUCCAAACAUUUUGAAGGAAAAAUGAAACUCCAAAUAGUAUGAAAAAAGUCUGAUACUAUUCAAGCAGUUUUGAUUGUUCCUGCGGUAUAUAAAACCAUUUGCAUUCCACAUUUGAGAAAAAUGAUGCACUAAUUCAGACCCUACUACAUAUGAGCUGUUUAUUUUAUGAUGAAGAUUGAAUUAGCCUUGAACUGGCAAAACAGAAAAUUAUGUGAGUAUACAGUAUAUAACUUUAUUGUGUCAUGCUUUUUUUUUUUUUUUUCUAACCACAUGCGGUUUUUGACGAUGCAUUGAAAUGUUUUCUCCUCCAUGCUCGUGAUUAAUUUGAGGGUUGAGAGUAGAGCAGUAUUUUGAGACUGACAUAAAUAGCAGGUAGGUGUCAUUUAUAUGUGUUAUUAUAACACUGGAAUCUCUGUCAAUGAGAUGAAAAAAAUUGUUAAUGCUGAGGAAUUAGUUUUUAUUUAUGAAUCAUGCUUGUUUUUCCAGACAGGGUCCAGUGAAUCUCAUGAAGACAAAUGAUCUGUUGUACAGUAAACAUAUUAAAUGUUGUCAUAUAUCUGUAUAUCAUGAACUGGCUUUA